AUGCGUAUGGCAAGCAAGACUAGUAACUCAUAUCAACGUGAUAUAGAAAAUAUUACAAAAAUAAAAGGCAACAACAAAUGUGCUGAUUGCGGGGCCAAAUGCCCAAGGUGGGCAAGUAUAAAUUUAGGCAUUGUGAUAUGUAUAGAAUGUUCAGGUAUACACCGAAAUUUAGGCGUUCAUAUUUCAAAAGUGAAAUCUUUAACCCUAGACAAAAUUAUGCCACAAUGGAUACAUUGCAUAAAAACCAUAGGAAAUGAUUUGUCCAACGCUUAUUACCUGUACAACUUACCCGCGGGUACCUAUAGACCCAAACAAGGAGACUCAUCAAUAAUCAUGCAAAAUUGGAUAAAAAAUAAGUAUGAAAAGAAGAUAUAUGUCCCAGCAAAUAAGAAGGAGCCAUCCCAGUACUACCUGGAAGGGAUCGACCCGAGAAUUUGCCUCCCAGACUUAGCCUCCCUAAAUGCAAAAAUGAUUGAAAAAAUAAAGAAAAACACAGGAAGCAUAGACAUUUUUGAUUCCUUAAAAAUUUUAGAUAAUACAAAAUUAGAAGUGACGAUGAAAAACAAAAAGAGCAGUGCUGGUAGUGAGAAGGAAAUAAGCAUAUUUGCAGACUACACAGAAAAGGAAUGUGUAAAAAAAAAAGUAUAUAUGAAAGACAAUUUUUGUGCAUUUGACGACAUAAACUAUAAUGAAAAUAAUUGCAAUAAUAUCAAUAAGAAGAAUAGGAAUAUACCCAAUGAUUCUUAUUUUUUCAAUGAUUUUAUAAAUGAAAAUUUUGAAAAGACCAGCUCAAUUGAUAUGAAUAUCCAGAAGGGUAUGAAACCUUCGGAUAAGGAUAAUGACCAUGGUAAUAAUAGUAAACAUUUUUCCCCAUUAGAAGAAGUAAAAAAAUAUAACCCUAAUGGUGAUAACACAAAUGAAAAUAGGAAUAACAAAAGUGCCAAGAAUGUAAGUAAUAGCCGAAGCAGAGAUAAAGAAAAUAACAACGAGAAAUUCGAUUUUCCCAAACCUAGUGAAAAUAAAAAUUUUUGUAACCAUGACACACUUUCUGAAAAAGAACUAAGAGACGCUAAAGUACAAGCAGCAAAGAAAUCUAUUGCGAGACUUUUUGCUAGCUCGAAAAAUAUUUCCUUUUUGGAAAAGAAGAAAAAUAAUGGAAAUUUAAAUAGUCAAGAAAAUCAAGUUGGUAAUAGAAAAAACCUUGUAAAUAAAACAGAGUGUAAUGCAACAAAUGGAGACAAACAUAAUUCAUUCGAUGUGUUUCAUCAAAAAAAUGCAGAAAAUGCAGACAGUGUUAAUCAUGAUAGAGGAAAUUUGGAAAUUCUUAUGGAUCAGGAAAAAAGGAACAAUGUGAAAAAUGAAAAUAAAACGACACAAAAUUUUGAUUUUUUUUUUGAGUAA